AACGGGGUGACGCGAGCGGAGCCAGCCUGCAGAGUGUGUGUGUUUGUGUGUGGGGGUGUGUGUCUGUGUGUGUCUGGCGACGUCUCGGUUUGGAGAGGUGCUGAUGGAGAGUUGUCCACACCUCCCCACCACGUGUGCGUGUGUUCCGUGGGGUGUGGAUACUGUUACCAGUGGUCUUUCGGCGUGCACCCACUGUAUGUCAGAUCCUAGUUUUCAGGUGGGAAGUUUGGAGCCUUCCCGUACCUUCUUCGCAUAAUGGACGCUUAAUAAACGUGGGUGGAAUUGACACUAGAUCUAGGGUGCCACCCACUCCAGCCCUCCCUCUUUCCCAGCAAGCUCCUCAGAUGAUUUAGCUCCCUCAUUUGGGCCUCCACACAAGUGAUCAGGGGGCCUUCAUAAGGAGGUGUGAUUUGCCAUGAAAAAAAACACGAAAGAAGUAGCAAAGUGCUAGGCAGAUUUGAGAGGGAAACUGUUUUUACUGGAGUGAAGUAUGGAGGAAUAGUGGGAAGCAAAGGUGAAGAAAGGUGCAGUAGGGCUGGGGCAUAGAGGAUCAGGACAAGACGCAGUAGGCAGCAUGGAUCGUCUGGGUCUGAUCCCGGGACUGACAGGAAUAAAACUGUCUAGAGACAGUUAUUCUGCAAGUCAUAUCCAGGACAGAGAGAGAAAGGGCCUAGUGGCAGGGAGCCAGUUAGCAAUGUGUGGUAGUGGUGGAAGUUCUCAAGCAAGCUGAUAGGGACCUCAAUUAUGAUAGUGUCAGUGGGAGCAAGGGAUACAAAUGACAUUGCAAAAGAAGAGUCCAAAGGACCUGGUGACUAACUAGAUUUGGGAGGAAAGAGCAAGUUAAGAGUUUGAAUUUGGGGCAACUGGGAGAAUAAUAGAACAUCUGAUAGAAAUGUAAUGCCAAGGAGAGGGGUUGAUGUGGGGAGUUACAUAGGGGAAGAUGGUUUUGAGGUGCUGGCAGAAUGCCUAAUUCAAAGUCUGGAGUCAUUUAGAAAUUCAAGAUGAGUUUGGAAGAGGGAUUGAGACUAAACUGAGCAACCAUCUCUCUAGAGGUGGAAAUAGAGCGCCUGGUGUGGGUAGACUUUCUGAGGGAUAGGAAAAAGAACAUUGUACAAAUACUGUACACAGACGGAGCCUUGGCCAGCAUCCAUGUUUCCAGGGCAAGAGUGGGAAAAAGUCACAGAGAGAUGCACUUUUAGUUGUAGGAAGAAAUUCAGGCUAAUAUAGUAUCCUAGCAGCUGCAGUAUCUGCUUGAAGAAGCAGAAACUUGUCAAAACAGUCAAAAGCUGCAGAGAAAUAAGGAGAAAAGGAUCGUUGGAAUUAGAGAUCAGAAAUUCAUUGGUAAUUUUCAAGCAUGCAGUUUCAGGUGUGUGUGGGGUGUCGCGAGCAGAAUAAGGAAUUCAAGAGGAGGUGGUGAUGAUGAUGUGGAGUCACUAGGUAUGUAGUACUCAUCCAAGAAGUUUGAUUGUCAAAGGAAACCUAAAUGAGAACUCUCUUGCUAGAGGGAGGCCAUGGAAUUCAGUGAAGAUACUUUCACAUAGAGGAGGAUUGUAUCUGUUUGAAGAUAUGGGAAGAAGCUACUGGAAUGGUGGGAGAUGCUUGAGAGAGAAAGACCGGAUAAUGCAGGGAGCAGAUUCUGAGAGGGAAUAGUAACGGAAAAGAAAGUAGGACAGAUGUAGGACACUAGGGUAAAGUUCUGGAGACAGAGACAUUUCUGUUUGGUUGACCUCACACCCAUGCUGCCUAGCACAUAACAGGUACUUGGAAAUAUUCGUUGAAUGGUGGAAAGAAUGAGUGGAUGAAUGGGUUGGUGUUGGGCAGUAGAAAGGAAAGAAACAGACUGUAAGAUAAAUGCUUUACAUGAAUUGUCUCCUUUACUAUUUAUGACUACUCUGUGAAGUAGGUAUUAAACAUCUGGAGGUUGACUGUUAGCUUGAGUAACUUGCUCAAGCCUUCACAGUUAAUAGUUCCAGGCCUGUGGAAUGCUUUCUACCACACAGUCCUGCCUCCCUUGGAACUCACUUCUGUGAAGCUUCAGUGUAGUAAAAGACGGUCUUCUGCCGAAAUUGAGCGGUAGCCGUGGGGGUUUGGAAUAGCUCUAUAGCUAAGAUGGGAAUAGUAAAAGCUUUCUAGGCAAGAGCUCCUUUGAAGAUCUAGAAGAAUUUGAAGAGUGUUUUCUCCUGAAAUGCUCUGAGAUUCAGGAAUAGGGAAAGAGAAAAUGGAAGUGGAGGUGACCCUUUGCUGGCAGUGACUCCGUGUGAAUUUGGGUGGAUUCGAGGAGUCUUGAGUGCUAUUGAGGACUUACUGAAGUGACUGCUGGUGGAGUCUAAACGUAGCAGAGAGUGAAGUCGGCCUGGCAGGGAGCCCACGGAUGAUGAGCACCCUGGGAAUAUCGAGUGUCAAGAAUGAGAGUGAGUACAUAACUCUCUGGUAUACAGAGAUUUCUUGCUUCCUGGGUCAGAAAAGUACAACACAAGACUGGUCUUUCUCAUCGCACACCUCUGCCUCAUCAGGACUCUGCCCUUUUCUACACGGAGAGCCGCAGGAGGCAAUGGCUGCUGUGUCUCCACUUGCCAGAUGCCAGGAAUCAGUGACAUUUGAGGAUGUGGCUGUGAUUUUCACAGAUGAAGAGUGGAGACAUCUGGUCCCUAUUCAGAGGGACCUCUACAAGGAGGUGAUGCUGGAGAACUAUAAGAGCAUUGUCUCAUUGGGACUUCCAGUUCCUCGGCCUGAUGUGAUUUUUCAGUUGAAGAGAGGGGAUGAGCCUUGGAGAGUUGAUUGCCAUGGAGCUGAGGAGAGGGAGUGUUCAGAGACCGUCUCUCUAGGCUGGGAGACUAAACCUGAGAUUCAAGGUGCUUCAGAAGAAGAAAAAUCAGAAGGAACAUUGAGGGAAAAGCUUGGAAGAAAAAAUCCUCUGUGUCCUAAAUUUGAAGUUCAUGCACUGGAGGGGGGGUUGGAAACAGAGAAGGAAAGCCUUGCAGUGGAGACCUACAAGAAGUCCCUCUCCCAGAAGGAGAGCUUGCAGCAAGGGUCAACCCCUCCCAAGAAAAUUCUCACUAAAGAGAGAGACCAGGAAUGCAGUGACUGCGGCAAGACCUUUUUUGAUCACUCAUCCCUCAUCCGCCAUCAGAGGACUCACACUGGAGAGAAGCCCUAUGACUGUCACGAGUGUGGGAAAGCCUUCAGUCACAGGAGCAGUCUCAGUAGACAUCUGAUGUCUCACACUGGGGAGAGCCCCUACGAAUGCAACGCGUGUGGGAAAGCCUUUUUUGACCGUUCGUCCCUAACUGUACAUCAGCGAAUUCAUACUGGAGAGAAGCCCUUUAAAUGCAACGAGUGUGGGAAAGCCUUCUUUGACCGUUCGUCCCUUACUCGACACCAGAGAAUUCAUACUGGAGAAAGUCCUUAUGAAUGUAACCAAUGUGGGAAAGCCUUUAGCCAGAAAAGUAUUCUUACUCGACAUCAGCUAAUCCACACUGGCAGGAAGCCUUAUGAAUGUAACGAGUGUGGGAAAGCCUUCUAUGGGGUCUCAUCACUGAACAGACAUCAGAAAGCUCAUGCUGGAGAGCCUCGCUAUCAAUGCAAUGAGUGUGGGAAAGCUUUCUUUGACCGCUCAUCCCUUACACAACAUCAGAAGAUUCACACUGGAGACAAGCCAUAUGAAUGCAGUGAAUGUGGGAAAGCCUUCAGCCAAAGAUGCCGGCUCACCCGACAUCAGAGAGUUCAUACAGGAGAGAAACCCUUUGAAUGCAGCGUGUGUGGAAAAGUUUUCAGUUCUAAAUCAUCAGUUAUUCAACAUCAGCGGCGUUAUGCCAAACAGGGAAUAGACUGAGUUGGGUGAAAGCUUUAGUCAAGGAGCCUCCAUUAAAACUCAAGAUAGAUCUUCCCCAUCUUAAACAAAUCCAUCAUUUGAUCAUUCUACCUAUUCUGGCUACUACUCUUCUUUCCUGCCUCUGCUACCACAGUGUUUGAAUAAACACUCUACCUACUGUGUUAUAGAAGCAGUGUGGGAUGCUGGCAAUUAGGAUGUGACUGAAGAGUCAACAUUUUGCAGAAGUUCAUCAGACAAUAGGAUAAAUGUUAGGAGGCAAUCCUCAGACACACCUCUUAUCUGAGGCCCAGGUAUCACUGCACUUUAAAUAACCAGAGGCUACAACAGGAGGGGAAAGGCCAAAUUAUAUCAGAGCAGCACUGUUGUUUCCAGAGCAGUUCUCUUUAUAGCUGUUAGACCCUCUCUCUUGGAGCUCUUCUGGGCACUGACCUUGUUCUUUUGUGUCCCACCUCUUAGGUCUCUUAAUACUACCACUACUACUAGGAGCUAGCACUUACUGAGGCUUGUUAUGGGGUAAGCACUCAGCUGAGAGUUUUGCAAGGAGUAGAUUAUUUAGUCCUCUCACCAAUCCUAUGAAGUAGGUACUGUUACUAUCCUCACCUUACAGAUGUGCAAACUGAAGUUUAGAGGGGUUAGAUAAUUUUCCCAACGUGACACAGCUAGUAAAAGGUGAAGCCAAGUCUUGAAUACAGGUCUUCAUUCAAAGUCUGUUUUCUUUACCAUUAGGCUAUAGGGUUUGUUUUAUAAUUUAUGCACAUGUAUUAUCUCCUCAGCUAGAUUGUAAGCACUUGGAGGUGUGACUUAUUUGUCUUUGUAUCUCACACAGUGCCUUGCAAAUAAUAGGUGCUCAGUAAAUACUUACCUGAAGUAAUGACUUUUCUACUUACCAAAUUCUAUUUAAAACACCUGUUGGAUUUAUAUCCUUUCUCUGAAUUUUCACAGUUUAGCCUAUUCCUUUAUCACUUCCUGAUGCAGAUUCUUCCCUCUUCUUUGUUGAAGAAGGGUAUGCUAAGCUAGGGUGCCAUGACAACUUAACUCCCAAAUAAUCAAAGACACAUUUCUCACACAAAAUCUGAUGUGAGACAGUCUGUCUUACUCCAUCCUGGUCAUUUAGAACAUGUUGCCUCCAAGAUUGUUAUGGAAGAGAAAGCUGGAGGAUGUUUUGGGAUGUUUUUAAAGACCAUUACUUCUGUCCACAUCUCAUAAACCAGAACCCAGCACCAAGAGGCUAGGAAAGUAAACAAGUACCUCAAUAUUUGGCUAACAUCAACAGCCUCUGUCACAAGUUCCAUUUUGCUUGUUACUGUUAGUCCAGUCUUUCCAAAUGACCCCUUCUUGCCCAUCAUCGCCUUACUCCAGACCUAAAAUAGCUCCCAGUUUAUUGAAAGCUUCUCUGAAUAUUUAAGAUCUGCCUUGAUGUGAUCCCACAUUGCUGAAUCUUAAGUACUCACUCCCAAAGCUUUUCCCUGGGCCCAGCCCUAUAUUUUUAUUUCAUUAAAGGUCAGGCACUAGGCAACUUUCACUCUAGGCAUCUGUGUUCCCUUUCUAUUUGCUUAAGGUGAAGGCUGGAAGAGGACUUGAUUCUGAAAGGCUGUCUGGAAUUAGCUCACCCUGCAUGAAUCCCAGUGGACCAAGAUGCAUUUCUCCUGGGAGUUAAAGUCCAGUUCAAGAAGUUGGAUUGCCAAACAGACCCCUCCCCAACCUACCAACAAACCUAUUGGUCUACCCUUCUUAGAGCAAGUGAGCAGCAGGGAAGACUCUUCACGUGUGGACUGGUGAAGCAAGUUGAGGAAAAACACUUUACAGAGUGCAGAAUCUAUCAGAGUGGAAAAUAUCUGGUAUUAUUUAACAAUGUCAAGUAGAAAAUAAAAGAGA